AUGAGAACAAUGCAUUUACAAGUGACUGUGAUAUUAGUAUGUAGCUUUAUGUUUUAUACAGUUUUGGGCAUUUACGUGACCAAUCUAAACGAAGCGUGUAUUCGAUGCCUCUGCCAUGUAGCAGGCUGUGACUUAUCCCAUACAUGUACUGGUGGCUAUUGCGGGCCCUUCUACAUAUCCAGGGUUUAUUGGGUAGACGCUGGGAAACCUACUCUACCCGAUGACAACCCGGAAAGGAGAGAAGCUUAUGAAGACUGCGCAAGAGAUUACUAUUGUUCGGUUAAAAUUAUUGAAAACUACAUGGCGAGAUUUGGCAAGGAUUGCAACGGAGAUGGCGUUACUAACUGCUACGACUAUAUGAUGAUAAACCAUCAUGGCGGACGCGCGUGCUCGUCCCCCCUCUUCCUGUCACAACUUGGCUUGCGUCGGCUCAAACUCUUCCAGCAGUGCAGAUUUAAUUAA